AUGGGCAAAAUACAAGAGGCAGCGAAUGCGCAGGAUCUUGACGAGGAGACCACGUUGCUAGAAGACGGCGUGCCUACCGCGGACCAAAUGUUCAAAGCUCGAUUGAAGCAGUUCGAAUAUACUGCGACUACGUCCAAUACCAGUCUGCAGCGACGCUCUCCUCGACUUGCCGGUUGGCAGUCCUCCGCCCCGGCUAGUCCGGUCAGCAAUUCCUCGUCACCGAGAAAACGCAACCGUUUGCAUUCGCAGCCAUCGAAUGGCGGAGAUGAGAGCGAAGACGAGGAUGCAGAGUCGGUCAUGGGAAGUCCAAACACUAAGCAUACAGCCUUGAUACCCAGGUCGAAGAAGAGACGGAGCACCACGAAAGAACGAUCCGCGGGUGAUCCAUACAGUCCGGACAACAAACUGGUGGACAGCCUCCGACCGGGCCUGAUAUUGGUGUUCGUUGGCCUGAACCCCGGACUCAUGACAGCAGCGACUGGCCACGCUUAUGCGCAUCCAUCCAACAGGUUCUGGCAUAUUGUCCAUGCUAGUGGCAUCACGCCGAAAAAGCAUGAUCCCUCCGAAACACGAGAUCUGAUGGAUAUGUACCAGAUUGGAAACACGAAUAUAUGUGCCCGGCCAACCAGAAGUGGUGACGGUUUGAGCAAACUAGAGCUUGAACAGGGUGCCUUAAUCCUGGAUGAAAAGAUUGCCAAAUAUCGCCCGGAAGCGGUAGCAAUUGUGGGCAAAGGUAUUUGGGAAGCCAUCUGGAUGGUGAAAAAGGGCCAAAAGAAAUUCAAAGAUCCAGACUUCCACUGGGGCUGGCAAGACGAGGAGAUGCAGCUUGGUAGGAGAACGGAUGGGGAAGGGAGGGUGAUUUGGGAGGGAGCGAAGACAUUUGUCACCACAUCCACCAGCGGACUCGCAGCUACUCUUACACCCGCAGAAAAGCUGGCAGUAUGGAAGCCUUUAGGCGACUGGAUGAUGAAGCGGCGAGCGGAAGUCAAGGUGGAAGCUGUCUAA